AUGGCCCAACUGCACCGAUGCCCGCAAAGGCAAUCUCCGGAUAGCCCUCCCUCAGUUAUCCUUCCACAGGGCACAAAACUAGACGCAAAGGCAAUAUUACCCCUCACCGUCUCCAUCACAGACGAUCUCGCCGACACAGAAUACGACCCUCAACGGAUGAGCAACGCCAUCUAUAGCGCCAUCAACAACCCCGUCGAUGCCCUGAUUGUCUCCAUACCUGACUACGAGGCCCUACGGGAACCUAUCCUCAAGGCUAAGGAGCUUGGCAUCCCUGUCAUCGCCGUUUACACUGGACUAGAAGCUGCAAAGAAAUUGGAUAUUCUUGCCGUCAUGUCCGACGAGUUGGAAGGAGGAAGAAUUCUGGGUCAACAACUGAUCCGCAAGGGUGCCAGGGACUUUGUAUGCAUCGGCCCGAGCCUCAAGAUACCAACAAUGGCAGAUCGUUGUGGCGGUGUUCUGCAGGCAUUUCUAGACGCUGGGAUUAGCCUUUCAAGCGAUGUUUCGACACGAAUGCUUCACGUGGACAAGACUCGCAACACGACUCUGGGGAGCUCUAUCCAAACCCUCAGGGAUACUAUUUUGGAUAUGAAGAGCGUAACGGGAGUCGUGUACCUCACAUCACCAGUCUUCACCGAGACUAGCUUCAAUCUGGCCGCGGCAUUGAACGGGACACGCGAGUUUGUGUAUACAUCGUUUGACUUUAGCCCGGCGAUGAUGCCAGCUUUUACUACUGGUGCACUUCAUUACUCCGUCUCAACCAUGCUCUACAUGCAGACCCUCAUUCCUAUUCUCUUGCUCUACGUCCAGCUCAAUUCUGGCGAGAUGGUGAACCAGGACAGGAUCUUGACAGGACCCAAGUUGGUCACCCUUAGCAAUGCCAAGACUAUGCUGAUUCAGGAACAAUGGACCGCCGCAACCUUCAAGGAAUACGCCCUUAAUUUCAGUGUCAUGACUGGAAGCCCGGUAUCGGAUGAUCACUGGAACACACUUUCGACAGGAGCCAGAGAUGCUGCACAGGCCCUUGGUUGGGAAAUGACAGAAUACCGAUACGGCAGUCCGAUCCGGACUGAGGUUGUUGACUAUAGUAUUGACACGGCUUUGAGUUACCGUCACACGCAGGGUUUGAUUGUUAGCAACAGUCAUUUCAGCAACCUCGACUACGCUGUCAUGAAGUCUCUCGACCAAGUGCCCUCUCGGACAUCGAACGCCAACAAGACCGAACAACUCGGCUGCAACAAUAACAACAAUGUCAAUACACCUGGCACGAUCGACUGUAAGGCAUUGAUUCCUUGGAAUUACACCACCAACAAAGCCCUGCCGGUCCCUAUUGUCGGCAUCGGCUCGCCUGUGGCUAACCUCACCUCAUUCCAACACCUGUCGUGGGUUGGCGAGACCGGAUACUUGGCAGGAAACGAGUAUGCCGAUGCGAUCCUGGCCAACGGAGGCAGACGACCCAUCUGUGUCGUGUCCCUAGACGAGCCUGAGCAGCAGAUGUUGAUGUGCCAGGGUUUGUACGACCGUAUGCUGACUAUUCUGGGUCCAAACAGUCUACCUGCCUUCAACACCUUUUGCGUGCGCCUCGACAUGGCCGAGUUCUUGCAAUCAGAGCAAAAGUUUUCCGAGCUGUCCAAGGUGUACCCAUAUGACAGUCUUCACACCACCUCGACAAGUCUGUAUGGAUAUGUCCGGAGGUACAGCUCGGCCAUCAACAACAUUUCGAUCACAACUACUGGACGAUCGGCCUAUGCGCUCUCAGACUUUGUGGAGGGCAAGGUUGCCAGCUUAUGGUCCCAGCAGUCAUAUCUCAUUGGAUUCAUAUCCGUCUUCCAGCUUGCAUUUUCGACAGUGGUUCAGGACAGCACCUGGAGCUUUAUCGAGACCGGACCGGCGCGCGUCAACUAUGUCUGCGCUAAGGGGCAGAUGUUUUCUUUGGAAAGCGACACUACGUCGCUCUUCUGUCGUCUGCAAAAUGGAGCACACGUGAGCCGUUCUUAUUGCCAUCCUUGUCCCGCCCAACAAUUCAGCGACUCCUACAACAGUCAAAACUGCACAGCGUGCCCGGACGGAACCUUCACCAACCAUACAGGAUCGACAUUUUGUUGGAGCUGCGACGAGGAGGGUCAAUCAGCGCGCGCCUGCCAGAAGUACUUCUUGUCGACACAACAGCAGCAACAGAGUCACGACAAUAUGCUGGCAAUAUUCUUGCCAAUCGGUCUGGUUAUAUUUGCCAUCGCCGCGACCGCUAUCUUCAUGUACUGCUUCCAGAAGCGCGACAGGAACAGGAAGAUCCUUGAUGAUUCGUGGCAACUCUCGUACAGCAAGCUCAUGGGCCAUGAUCCGGAUCCUGACCAGGACGACGACAACGACUCGUAUGGCAACGGCAGUGAUGGAGGCAACACAGAGUCGAACAUGGAGAAGGGACUCUUUUCUAGCACCAAGAAGAAGCCGGCAUAUGGCGCACGUCCCACUAGUCGAUUCUACCGAAGUCGCUCCACAUUCGCCGUCGGUGUGAAUGGCAUCCAACCGAUGGAUGCUUCCGGGAAUGCGAUCGGUGUCUAUCGCAACCUGCCUGUCUUUAUUCGCCGCAUCGGAGGAUCUAAGGUUAACCUGACAAGGAAGCUGAGGAUCGAGAUCAUGGAUGUGAUGCAACUGCGACACCCAAAGUUGGUCGAGCUGGUCGGUGUCUGUCUUCAACCUCCGGACAUUUGUAUUGUCUAUGAGCAUUGUUCCAAGGGAACGCUGACUGAAGUUCUGGCCAACCCUGACCUGAACUUCAACUGGCUCUUCAAGUUGUCGUUCAUGAGCGAUAUUUCUCGCGGGAUGGAUUUUCUCCAAAACUCCAAGAUCCAGUGUCACGGAGAUCUGCGAUCGUCGAACUGUCUGGUCACGAGUCGGUGGGAGGUCAAAGUCGGAGGAUAUGGCCUCUCGGAGCUCAUGGAGACUCAGCGGACAGGAUACGGGCGAUCGGCAACCACAGUCAGCACACCUGCCGUUACAGUGACCGUGGCGCAAGGAGAGAAUGGCGCAAUUGCAGCUGAUGGUACAGGAGGACAGAGAAACUCGGUCAUGCGAGCGAGCACCGACAGUCGUGCUUUGAGUAUCGGAUCUGUCGUGCCACCGCGCUCUCUUUCGGCGAUCGAGGAGGAUGAGAACGAGAGGGAUGGAUGCCCUUACUUGAUUGCGAGCACUGCAGCUGAGAUCCAGGCCGGUCUUUGGGUUGCUCCCGAGAACAUGAUCCACAGGGGUCACGUCUAUCAUAGAGUGGCCACCAAGUCUGGCGACGUCUUCAGCGCGGGUAUUGUCUUUAACGAGAUCAUGACGCGGGCCUCGCCCUAUGGUAGACAGCUCCAGGACAUGGAUCCAGUCGAUGGUCCAUCGCAGCUUUUGGAUCUCAUCAAGUACGGUGGUCUGAGACCUGACCCCUUUGUCGACGACGAGAGGGAUGAGGGUGUCACUCACUUGAAUAAUUUGAUCCGCAACUGUCUUCAGUCCGAACCUCUGAUGCGUCCCUCGUUCACCCACAUUCAACAUCGACUGCGACUCAUCAGUCCUGACGGCGACAUGAUCGGAGGGAUGGCGGCCUUGCUCGAGAAGUAUGCCAACGACAUGGAGGAGUUAGUUAGGACGAGAACGACGCAUCUGCAGACACGGACGGCUGAGCUGGAGGAGGAACGCCUUCGCACGGACGCGCUUCUGAUUGAUCUUGAACAGUCCAAGAACCAGGCCGAGGCUGCUGCCAAUGCAAAGUCCAACUUUUUGGCGAACAUGUCUCACGAGAUCAGAACACCAAUGAACGCGGUUAUCGGUAUGUCAAGGAUCCUACUCGAAUCAGACCUCUCCCCAGACUUGAUGGAUUGCGCUGAGACGAUCGAGUCGAGUGGCAACCAGUUGAUGGCCGUCAUCGACGACAUUCUCGAUUUCAGCAAGAUCGAAUCUGGAAACCUUAAGUUGGCUCCUGAGAAGCUGGACCUGCCUCGUUUGUUGGAAUCCGUAUGCAACUUGGUCCUCAUGCAGGCUGCCACCAAGGGGUUAGGUCUGACUUUUGUCAUCCACCCUGAUACACCGAUUGAUGUGCUGGGAGACUUGGUCCGUAUUCGACAGAUUUUGCUGAAUCUGUUGAGUAACGCGAUCAAGUUUACUGAGAAGGGAAAUAUUGUUGUGAAGCUGGAGCCCAAGCCCAGGAUGUCGAGGUCGUUUCACAAGGCACACUACGAGACGGAUACCUCGGAGUCUGCGUCGUCGUCGUCGCCGGACCAGGCAGCAGCAACAGGAACUCAUGAAACGUCGGGGCUGCUGCUUAAUGUCGAGCACGCUUGUUCUGAUUCGAGCCUGCACUUGACGGAUCAUAGAGCGCGAUUGGGGACUGGUUCUGGAAGUGAUACAGGGUAUGGUACGUCGUCACCAUCACCUGCACCAGCGCUUGCACCAGCGACAGAUAAUUGGAACUCGAGUCAUAGUCAGGAAAAUCUUGGCGACAGCCAUUCGUCGUCGUCCUCGUUUCCGGACGAGAACCAUGUCGAUCUGUUGUGGUCUGUCGCUGAUCAAGGCGUGGGUAUUCCUGCGCAACGGAUGCACAAGUUGUUCAAGUCGUUCAGUCAGGCCGACGACUCUGUGACCAGGAACUUUGGUGGCACUGGACUUGGACUUGCUAUUUCCAAGAAACUUGUUGAGUUUAUGGAUGGUGAAAUGUGGGCUGAGUCUGAAGAGGGAGUGGGAUCGACGUUCUACUUCACGACCCUUCUCAGCUCUCCAAAGUCCAGCCAGACAGUGUCGCAGCAGCUGAACCUGGCCUUUUUCAAGGACAGAACCCUCUUGAUCAUCGACGACCGCAAGGUCACCAGAACCUCGUGGAUCCACCAGUCAUCUACCUGGGGGUUCCAAAAGACCCUUGUCUUCAACAUCCAGAAGGCUCUUGACUACUUGAAGCAGCAUCGUAAUGAGGUUGAUGUGGUUCUAAUCGAUGUCGAUCGGCCGCAGGCGAAAGUUAACCCUGGUCUGGCGAUCCUUCAACAGAUCCGCAAUAUGCCCGCGCAGGAACAGGAGAGUGACACCGGGUCUGCAGGUCUCUCGCCUCCUCUGCCGGCUCCGUCGUUGUUGGUGCCCGGCAAGCCCAUACCCUGUGUCUUGGUGUCAUACCAUCGCCGUAACCACCCCGAUCUCAGCCACUAUUCCUCCAGUUCACCGCCCUCCAAGAUCGCCACCCACGGUUCCCCCUCGCCCAUCAGCCCGAUAUCGCCUAGGUCCAUGGCGCCCAACUCCCCCGUUCCAGGAGGAGGGCCAAUGAAGGAUAGGAAGUUCUCCAAGGGUUCUGGGUCGAGUGACAACCUCUUUUCCGCGACCGACUCUCUAGAUCCUUUUGGUAGCCAUCCCCAUUCUCAUGCGGGAUGUAUGCCAAAUACCAUGAACAGUGGGAUGUUGGUCACCAAGCCUUGGAACUCUCGCAAGGACCGGUCCUCUUGCUUCAACACCAGCCCUACCAUCGGCAGUAGUAUCGGCACCAAUGGUAGCAGCAAGAGCGGUGCCAAUGGCGCUGGCACCUUCCCAAAAUGCAGCUCCCCAACCUCGCCACACCACCCAAUCCUUCCUGGCGACCUUACAGCUGCCACCCAUCCACCACCCUCACUCGAUUUCCAGGAUCAGGAAGACGCGUCGGUCGGACAUCUCAUCAAACCCGUGAAGCAGUCAAAACUCCUCCCAAUGUUCCAUGGACUCAUGACAGGGUCUUGGCCCCUCGCCUGCGCUGCGGCGCCCGACAACGAUGUUCGGAGUGACCAGCGCAAGAAGCAGAUGGAGAAGUUGGAGUGUUUGCUGGUCGAUGAUAACCCUGUGAAUCAAAAGGUCAUUUCCAAGAUGUUGAGUCGGAUUGGGAUUGUGCCGGAGCUUGCGGCGAAUGGGCUCGAGGCUGUCGAAAAGUGUCGGGCGCGUGCUGAAGCUGUCGCUGCUGCUGCUGCCGCUACUACCGCUGAGGGAGGCGAGGAUGGGUCGAGUUUGACGUCCACCACGACUGCAGGAGGAGGAGGAGGAGCCAUGAAGGCGAAGAAGGUCAAACAGUACGACAUUGUCUUUAUGGAUAUCUGGAUGCCCAUCAUGAGCGGCCAUGAAGCGACCAAGGAGAUCCGAGCCACCGUCCCAGGCGUCACAGCCACCUCGCCAUUGAUUAUCGCCAUGACGGCCUGUGUUAUGCCAGGGGACCAACAGAAAUGUAUCGACAGUGGGAUGAACCGGUACCUUUCCAAGCCUAUCCGUAAGGAGGAACUCUCCAAGACUGUAGAGGAUUGGUUGGAUGAACGGGCCAUGGCCGAGGAGGAGUUGAAGCUUUUGAAUCAGAGGAAAUUGAUCCAGAAGAAGAAGCGGGAGAUUUUACAGAAGCGUAGUUUGGCGGUGCUGACGACGGGUGUGGAUGAGUUUGGGCAGCAGGUGGAGGCCGGGUUACCGUCAGUAACUGUUGUUAAUGUCGAGGAUGACGAUGAGGACGACGAGGACGAAGACGAUAGUGGUAGUGAUCAGUUGGGACAAAGCGACGAGGGGUUGGGUGGAGAGCACGAGGAGGAGCUGGUCGACUCGAACGACGGAGAAGUCUUACCCUGUGGCGUUCAUGCCAACAAUAUCAACGACAAGAUCCAGUUACACUCGCUCGAGAACAAUCGUAUCGCCGCUGCACGUCAGAAGAGACGUCAUCAACGGACCCGAAUGAGCACCGACCCGAUGCUGAUGAGCGACUCUGAGGGUGUCCUUGGCUGCUGUGAUGGUGGUGGAGGUGGACUCAAGAUCAUUAGUGUCGGCGAGGAUGAGGUUCGGGCGGCUACGCGAGAGCGCAAGCAGCGUGGGUCGCGAAAUCGUGGAGGAUCAGGGUCGAUUCUGGAUCCCUUAACUGGUAGUGUUGUCCAGGGUAAUCGGUCUUCGGGCGGCGACGAGUAUGAAGACGAUGAGUUUGAGGACGACGAGAGUGAUAUGGACCUCGAUGAUGAUCCCCAACAGCCACAAACUGUCUUUGCGGAGGGCGCUUCGGUUGAGCGACCCCUUUCCCACACGACGAUGGACUCUCUCCACACCGCCAACACGCACAACACGCACACCGCAGAUGGAGCUUCGAGUCAGCGAAGCAGUCUGUUGCCCAACUCUUCCAGUCUUCGCACCAUCCGCGGAAUCUAG